AAAGGAAAAAAAAAAAAAAAAGCAUACACAAUGAAUGACAAGGGAGAUCAGCAAACGUCAACACUCUGCCUACUAGUCUACUUCCCCAUAACGCAUUUGCACACGGAGUACUCCGUGUGUUGCAUAAUAGUUAUGCUUAUGGAUUUAUAA